AUGCCUGUAUUCACAGUUGAAGAACUCCAAGCUGCCGUUGAUAAUGGUACGCUUGGAACUUUCAUCACUGAUAACAACGACACCUUUCAGCAAGGCUUACGUGACCUGCUCUCGCUCUAUAAUCAAACCACCAUCGACAAGAACACUGCAGAACAAGCACAGCACAUCGCUGAGCAAGCUCAACAAGCCACUGAAGCAGAUGCUCUACAAGACGCCAACGAGUACAAUCGACAAGUCACUGAGUUCAACAACCGUAUUGCGACUCUCAACACUGAGAUCCAACGUCUUCAACACCUCCAAGCUACUCCUACUCCUACUAGUAACCCUCAAAUCAACGAGUUACGAAACCAAAUCGAACAACUUCGAAUUCACCAGAAUGCCCCUGCUCCACCUAUCCGAUCCGUCCCCCACGCAGACCCGGCCAAGUUUGGCGGCACCCGUAGAUCCGCUAUCGAGCUACGAUCAUAUAUUAUCGACCUCAAAGUCAAGCUUCGCACUAAUGCUGACUGGUUCCCAACUGAGCUAGAACAAAUGACUUAUGUCCUAUCAACCCUAGAGGGAGAGGCACGUAAGCACAUCGACCCUCACCUCAACGACGCCGGCGAGUUUACUACUUUGAACUCUGUAGAAAGUAUGCUAGACAUCCUCCGUAACACAUUUGGCAACAAGUUUAGUCGCGAGGAGGCUUUUGCCAAGCUCCAAAAGGAGAAGCAGGGCCACCGACCAGCUUCUGAAUUCCUAGCGUCCUACCUGUCACUAGCUACUACUGCUAACUCUACUGGAUUCGACUGUACCCAGAGACUCGUCCUUGCUAUCCACCCCUCUAUUCGGGACCGUAUCCUUUCAGACCCUCGCUACACCUCGGCCAUUGAACUUAACGCCUUAGCUGACCUGAUUCGAGAGAAAGACAAAAUCAACCGAGCUGUCCACGGCACUCAGUACUUUAAGAGUAACUCUGGCCUCUUCAAUGCUACUCCACACACUCUAGCGUCUACUUCCUCACCCUCUGACCCUGAUGUAAUGGACCUGGAUGCUAUAAAGGUUGGAGGAAAGUAUGUCUGGACUUGGAAGGAUGUUGAGGACAAGACCUGGGCCAAGACCCCUGAGUUGAAGGCCGCCCGCAAGAAAUUCCAAAUUGAGCACAAUCUCUGCCACUACUGUGAUGAAAAGACACAUAG